GGUCCUGCUGGUGUUCCUGGUCCCAAAGGUAACCAGGGCAUUGCUGGAGCAGAUGGCCUCCCAGGUGACAAAGGAGAACUGGGUCCCUUUGGUCCCCCUGGACAAAAAGGAGAGCCAGGAAAAAGAGGAGAACUUGGUCCAAAAGGUGCCCAAGGACCUAAUGGGACAGCUGGAGUACCAGGGAUCCCAGGACAUCCAGGGCCCAUGGGUCAUCAGGGCGAGCAAGGUGUUCCUGGCAUCACAGGAAAACCUGGGCCACCUGGCAAAGAGGCCAGUGAACAACAUAUAAGAGAACUUUGUGGGGAAAUGAUAAAUGAACAAAUUGCACAGUUAGCUGCUAAUCUGAGAAAGCCCUUGUCUCCUGGAAUGACCGGUCGUCCUGGCCCAGCGGGUCCCCCAGGUCCUCCUGGAGCGAUGGGAAGUGUUGGGCAUCCUGGUCCUCGAGGUCCCCCUGGAUACAGAGGGCCAACAGGAGAACUUGGUGAUCCUGGUCCCAGAGGUGACACUGGCGAAAAGGGAGAUAAAGGACCUGUUGGUCAAGGUAUUGAUGGGCCUGAUGGCGAUCAAGGACUUCAAGGACCACCUGGUGUACCUGGAAUUAGUAAAAAUGGUCGUGAUGGUGCUCAGGGUGAACCCGGUCUCCCCGGGGAUCCCGGUACUCCUGGUGCUAUUGGGGCUCAGGGAACUCCAGGAAUAUGUGACACGUCGGCUUGCAUGGGAGCUGUUGGAGCAUCAACUUCCAAAAAAUCAUAAAACCACAGUACAAGAAGUGGAGAAGUGACUGAAUAUUUAAAUAAAUGGUGCAUUGUAAGAAAAGAGUGAUAAAUGGACAGAUGUUCCUUCUAUUGUAUUAAGUGGAGACUUGACACAGUUCUAUGAAAAAGAAAGCAUCAGAUGAAAACUUUAAUUAGAAGAUGCUUUAUGAGUAUUUUCUUCUCCCCCCAAUUAUUUUCCAGAAUUUUUACUGCUAAACAACCUCACUUUCCCUUUCUCCCUUUCUUCAAGAGGAAGCAUUGUUUCAUUUUUACCACCACUCCCCCUCAACUGUACUAAAGAUCAUGAAUUUACUGUAUAAAUUGAAUUGUCAGUUGAAUU